GCCGCUCCAAGAUCCCACGCGCUUCUCUACCGCGAGCUUCUUCCUCCCCAUCCUCCCUUUCGCUGCUCCUCCUCCAAAACCUCUCUUCCCUUUUCCCGCGACUUCCAAGCGAGGCAACAUUUCAAAAGUCCUCGCUCCUGUCCUCCCUUCCCCUCGCCUCGCCUCGGCUCGCCGCCGCAUCCCAGGAACUGUCCUGCUCCCGCCGCCGGCCAUGGAGGCGGUGGUCGUCGACGCGGGCUCCAAGCUGCUCAAGGCGGGCAUCGCGCUGCCCGACCAGGCCCCAGCUCUGGUGAUGCCCUCCAAGAUGAAGACGGAGGUCGAGGACAGCCAGCUGGCCGACGGCGCUGUGGUGGAGGAGGUGGUGCAGCCGGUGGUGCGCGGCUUCGUCAAGGACUGGGACGCCAUGGAGGACCUGCUCCACUACGUCCUCUAUAGGAACAUCGGGUGGGAGAUGGGGGACGAGGGCCAGAUCCUCUUUACCGAGCCGCUCUUCACGCCCAAGGCUCUCAGGGAGCAGUUGGCGCAACUUAUGUUUGAAAAAUUCAACGUCUCAGGCUUUUAUGACUCUGAACAGGCUGUGUUGUCACUUUAUGCUGUUGGCCGCAUUUCAGGCUGUACAGUUGACAUUGGGCAUGGCAAAAUAGAUAUUGCUCCAGUUUGUGAAGGUGCUGUUCAACAUGUAGCGUCAAAGAGAUUUGAGAUUGGAGGAACCGACUUGACAAACCUAUUUGCGCAAGAACUAAAAAACUCCAACCCAUCAGUAAACAUUGAUAUUUCUGAUGUUGAGAGGUUGAAAGAACAGUAUGCAUGCUGCACAGAAGAUCAGUUAGCCUUUGAAGCUAUAGAAAGCUCAUGCGACCCAGAGAAGCACACUCUUCCAGAUGGGCAGGUUAUAACAAUUGAAAAGGAGCGCUUUAUCGUCGGUGAAGCUUUGUUUCAACCAAGAAUUUUGGGCUUGGAAGAUUAUGGCGUUGUUCACCAGCUAGUUAGUAGUGUUUCAAAUGUUGCAUCGGAGUACCAUAAGCAACUACUUGAAAACACUAUGUUAUGCGGUGGCACUGCAUCCAUGACUGGCUUUGAAGACAGGUUUCAGCGAGAAGCGAAUUUGUCUGCUUCGGCAAUCCGCCCAACUCUCGUGAAGCCCCCAGAAUACAUGCCUGAGAAUCUAGGGAGGCACUCGGCCUGGCUGGGCGGCGCGAUCCUGGCCAAGGUGGUCUUCCCCCAGAACCAGCACGUCACCAAGGGCGACUACGACGAGACGGGCCCAUCCAUCGUCCACAAGAAGUGCUUCUGAGAACCAGGCGCGUCGUACCCUCGAAUCUGACUGCAACACCUUUACUGCUGCCCCUGCCCUGUAGGGGCCUGUGCGCGCUCCAUCCCAUCCAACCCGCUGUACCGGUGUCCUCUCCUCUCCGGAAGAACGCUGCGGGCGGCUUUCAAGCUAUUCAUGGCGGCUCUUCUGCUUGUUUCCUUUCGUUUUGGAUGCGUUGUUGCUAGCUAGCUAUUCAGGUUUCAGAAUCCAGCGUCUAUUAUUUCUCGUUAGGUGUGUUAGAACUGUAGCUGCUGAACCAGCGGGAAAAAAAAGGUUGGAAAGGCGUUCUCACACGUGAGGUGUUCUGCCAUUUACCAGUUUAACGAAGCGCAAUAUCCCGUGGUUCCCUGAGCUAUUACUGCGUAAGCAAGUAGUCGUAUCUCUUUGCUGUUAUAAAAAUUGAAGAAAAUUAUCAGUCACUACUAAAUAUUCAAUGUGGUACUCUAAA